CAUGGGUUGGCAAGCGGAACGCGAUAAGGUGGUGAUCAACGUGGGCGGCGUGCGGCACGAGACGUACCGCAGCACGCUACAGACGCUGCCCGGGACCCGCCUGGCCGGUUUGGCCGAACCGGGAGCCGCCGCUCGGUUCGAUUACGACUCGGCGGCCGGGGAGUUUUUUUUCGACCGUCACCCGGCGGUUUUCGCUUACGUGUUGAAUUAUUACCGCACCGGGAAGCUGCACUGCCCUGCCGAUGUGUGCGGGCCGCUGUUCGAGGAGGAGCUCGCCUUCUGGGGGAUCGACGAGACCGACGUGGAGGCGUGCUGCUGGAUGAACUACCGGCAGCACCGGGACGCUGAGGAAGCCCUGGACAGCUUCGAGAGUCCCGAACCCGGCGGAGGAGGGGAUGGAGGGAACGGGGAUGGGAACGGAGCGGAGCUGAAACGGCUGUGCCUGGAGGAGGGGCGGCCCGGGGGGUGGUGGAGGAGGUGGAGGCCGCGGGUGUGGGCGCUGUUC